GAACCUGACCCGCGCGCCCAGGAGCGGCUGAUGCGCGCCGCGUUCCCUACUCUGCUACAGCCGGCGGGCCGCAUCUGGACAAGGUGCCCCGCGGCGGGGGCCGACGCCAGGCCACAAUGCUGCUUGGGGCGUCUCUGUUGGGGGUGCUGCUGUUCUCCUGGCUGGUGCUGAAACUGCCCUGGACCCAAGUGGGGUGCUCCCUGUUCUUCCUCUACCUGGGGUCUGGCGGCUGGCGCUUCAUCCGAAUCUUUAUCAAGACUGUCAGGCGUGAUGUCUUCGGCGGCACCGUGCUCCUGAGGGUGAAAGCCAAGGUCCGACGGUACCUACGGGAGCGGCGCACGAUCCCCAUGCUGUUCGCUGCCACAGUCCAGCGCCACCCGGACAAGACAGCCCUGAUCUUCGAGGGCACAGACACGCACUGGACCUUCCGGCAGCUGGACGACUACUCGAACAGCGUGGCCAACUUCCUGCAGGCGCAGGGCCUGGCCUCUGGCAACGUGGUCGCCCUCUUCAUGGAGAACCGCAAUGAGUUUGUGGGCCUGUGGCUGGGCAUGGCCAAACUGGGCGUGGAGGCGGCACUCAUCAACACCAACCUCCGGCGGGACGCGCUGCUCCACUGCCUGACCUCCUCCCAGGCCCGGGCCCUCGUCUUUGGCAGCGAGAUGGCCCCAGCUGUCCUUGAGAUCCAUGCCAACCUGGACCCCUCGCUCAACCUCUUCUGCUCCGGUCCUUGGGAGCCCAGCGCGGUGCCCAUUGGCACAAAUCACCUGGACCCGCUACUGGAAGAUGCCCCCAAGCACCAGCCCAGCCAUCCCAACAAGGGCUUCGUAGAUAAGCUCUUCUACAUCUACACAUCAGGCACCACCGGGCUGCCCAAAGCUGCCAUCGUGGUGCACAGCCGGUAUUACCGGAUGGCCGCCCUGGUGUACUACGGCUUCCGCAUGCGGCCCGACGACAUCAUCUAUGACUGCCUCCCCCUCUACCAUUCUGCAGGAAACAUCGUGGGGAUGGGGCAGUGCCUGAUCCACGGCAUGACCGUGGUGAUCCGGAAGAAGUUCUCGGCUUCCCGCUUCUGGGAUGACUGUAUCAAGUACAACUGCACAAUCGUGCAGUACAUCGGUGAACUGUGCCGCUACCUCCUGAACCAGCCGCCCCGGGAGGCGGAAAACCGGCACCGCGUGCGCAUGGCGCUCGGCAACGGCCUCCGGCAGUCCAUCUGGACCGACUUUCGUAGCCGCUUCCACAUCCCCCAGGUGGCCGAGUUCUACGGGGCCACGGAGUGCAACUGCAGCCUGGGCAACUUCGACGGCCAGGUGGGGGCCUGUGGCUUCAACAGCCGCAUCCUGUCCUUCGUGUACCCCAUCCGGCUGGUUCGUGUCAACGAGGACACCAUGGAGCUGAUCCGGGGCCCUGACGGUCUUUGCAUUCCCUGCAAGCCAGGUGAGCCGGGCCAGCUGGUGGGCAUCAUCAUCCAGCGAGACCCCCUGCGGCGCUUCGACGGCUACCUGAACCAGGGUGCCAACAACAAGAAGAUCGCCCAGGAUGUCUUCAAGAAGGGGGACCAGGCCUACCUCAGCGGUGACGUGCUGGUGAUGGACGAGCUGGGCUACCUGUAUUUCCGUGACCGCACAGGGGACACGUUCCGCUGGAAAGGCGAGAACGUGUCCACCACCGAGGUGGAGGGCACGCUCAGCCGCCUGCUGGACAUGGCCGACGUGGCCGUGUACGGCGUCGAGGUGCCAGGGACCGAGGGCCGGGCCGGCAUGGCCGCCGUGGCCAGCUCCUCUGGCAGCUGUGACCUGGAGCACUUAGCCCAGCUCCUGCAAAAGGAGCUGCCGCUGUAUGCCCGCCCCAUCUUCCUGCGCUUCCUGCCCGAGCUGCACAAGACAGGGACCUUUAAGCUACAGAAGACAGAACUGCGGAAGGAGGGCUUUGACCCAACAGUUGUAAAAGACCAGCUGUUCUACCUGGAUGCCCGGAAGGGCUGCUACGUCCCACUGGACCAAGAGGCCUACACUCGCAUCCAGGCAGGCCAGGAGAAGCUGUGAUUGGCCCUGAGUCCCUCUUGAGGGCCAGCGGAUACUGCAUCUAGAGCCCCAGCUCCCACCCCGGAGGGGUCCUGGGCGAAGCCAGACCAAAGCAAGCAGGGCCUGGCACCACCCCCCGAGAUGCCGACCUGUACCCCUCAAAACUGCCAAGGGACUCACUGCCACCUCCCCGCUCCGCCCUGAGGCUUUCUGUGAAAGCUUCAGAUCCACUUUAUGUCUUCAAGGCCAUGUGGGGGUCUCUGGGCCUCAGGCUGAGACUGAGACUAGGCCCCGCGGGGUAAUGUCUCGGGUCAGGACAAAGGGAAAUAGAGGGUCUCCAAGCACUUGGCAAAGAACAGGCAGCUUGUAAAUGGAACCAGGGCAGAAGCCCCCAGACUCAGGAAGCCGGGAGGGCCGGCGAUCGGACAUCCGAAGAGGAUCCAGGCCCUGGGACCACGCAAGUGUCCCUCAGCCCUGCGGGGCAGGAGGGGACCACCCUGCAGCAGGCAGCCUGGACGGGGCACCCCUCUCAUCCUCUGGGCGGCUGCCUGGCUGUCCCUCAGGCGGAGCCUCUCUGUCUUUGCUGGUCUGUCCACAUCUCCUCCUGGCCUGGCUGUGAGGGGAGAAGGGGCGUGGGGCACUCAGGAGCCAAUAAACUCCGCCUUGCCUCCCCGA